GCAGUUUAGUAUUGAAUGAAGUUCAAAUGCGUCAGCAUUCAUAUGAGAUACGUUGUGUGUUUGUUGAGAUUUUUCUAAUUUCAAUAUUGGAUGAAGAGAAACGUAUGAGAAAUUCAAAAUCGACGGUCGUGCACAACAAGAGAAAAAGCAAUUCAAUUUACCGUAGACACACAGUUAAAUGAUAGAAACAAGAGAAAACAACAGAUACAGUUUGAUCAUACGCAACAAAAUUAUCGGCAGCGAAUUUAUUUGACGAAUCGCCAAUAAAUCGGAUUGAUCGGUCGAAGUGAAAGCGAAGAAAAGAGAAGAAAAAAAAAGAAGAACGAGAGCAAACGAGUGAUUGUGAACAUCAAAAGUAACAUUUUAACGAUGACCUAUAGUGACAAGAAAUAAUCGGUUUAUCAAUUGUUGUGUCCUUAUGUUUCAACCAGAUACAUGUUAUUAUUCAAUCAAAUGGAACGCACAAUUUUUUGGUUCACCAGCGAUUAAUUACAAAUGAUAACAAAACGAAAGCAACGAAAACCAACAAUUAAAUACACACUCAUACAACAACACAGCAUCAAGCAUCAACUAAAUAUUUUUUUAUCAAUUUUAAUUAAAAUAACAAUUAAUUUUUGUGAUUUGUUUUAUUUUGAUUACAUUUUUCAUUCUCUCUCUCUCUCUGUCUCUCUCGAGUCUCGAUACGGUUUUUUAUGUGAACAAAAACGUUCGUAGUAAAUAAUUUUAAAUGAUUCAUUGAGAAUUGAAUAUUAGUUAAAUUUGAGAAAACCAGUGAAUUCAUAAUUGAUGUGACAUAAACAAUUUGCAUAGACAUUGUUUGGACGAGAAAAAAAAGGGAAAAAAGACUCGAAAAUAAAUGACAUAUCGUCGCCUUGAUCGAAUGGAAUAAGUGUUUGCCGGAUUUUUUUUUUAAUAUUCCGAAAACGAUACGGUCGCCGAACAAUUGGUCGAGAAGAAAUUUUUCAAGUGUUGAAAAGCCGAACGAAAUUGAUAGAAAAAUCAAAAUGGAUUUGGAAUCCCAGUCACAGCAAUAUGGUGAAGUAAAUCAAUUGGGUGGUGUGUUUGUGAACGGUCGACCGCUGCCAAAUCAAACGCGGCUACGCAUUGUCGAGUUGGCUCGUUUGGGAAUUCGUCCAUGUGAUAUAUCACGACAGUUACGUGUCAGUCAUGGCUGUGUAUCAAAAAUACUAGCCCGAUAUCACGAAACCGGUUCGAUUUUACCAGGUGCAAUUGGCGGUUCAAAGCCACGAGUCACAACACCAAAAGUCGUUAGCUACAUACGAGAAUUGAAGCAAAAGGACCAAGGGAUCUUCGCUUGGGAGAUACGCGAUCGCCUACUUACCGAAGGGGUUUGUGAUAAAAAUAAUGUGCCAAGUGUUAGUUCGAUAUCACGAAUAUUACGCAAUAAAUUGGGAACGGUGAAUCAUUCAAGCCAUGCAACCAAUCAUCAUUCACAUUUAUAUAGUUCGAUUUAUUCAUCGUAUCCGUAUACAUCGUUAAAAUCAACAACAAACGCAUGCAAUAGCCCAUCACCGCCUCAAUCAUCAGCCGUACCAAAUGCAUACUGUUGGCCAUCAUCACAUUCGGUCAACGAUAUUUUAGCCAGUGUUCAUCAUCCAGCCGCUUUGCUAUGUGGCACAUGUCCGACCAUUUUACAAACAGUACCAACAACAACACAACAUCAAAUACCGUCGGCUGUUGUGGCCAACGAUCAAAUUCAAUCGACACAACAAGUAUCCUACAAUACGUAUCAUCAUAUGUACAUGCAAAACAAUGGCAUACCAUUACAUCAUGGACAUGUUCACUCCAUUUCACCAUCAAUGACCGUCAACAAACCAAUAUAGAUGAAUGAAUGGAGAAAACUCUCAAACUAUAUCAUUGAAAUCAUGAUUCGAUAUUUUUGGUAUGAAAAAGUGAAAAUGUAACAUUUCUUUUUUAUAUUUAUAACUCACUGAUUUAAAAUAUUUCUUAUGCCGUAUAAACGAAUCUAUAAAAUGUUUGUCUCGAUUAUCAGUAGAUAUACUGAGUUUGACAAGUAAAAAAAAAAUAUAUAUAUAAAAAAUAUUUACCUUUUUCAUUUUGCCAUCUACAAAUCUUAAAUAUAUCGUUCUAGGUUUUUAUUAAGCCAAAUUGUACAUAGAUACCGGCCAGUUUCGUUUUAGAAUUGUGUAAUAGGCUUUAUAUUAUAAAUUGGUAUAACUAAAUGUAAAAUUGCAGAGAAUAUAGUGUCGUAUACGCGAAUGGUCACUCAUUGUCAGACAGUUAACACAUACUCAAACGAAAAAACGUGAAACAUUAAUAAAAAACUAGAGCAAAAAUCAUGUGUUCGAUUUACCUGAAAGAAAUCAAAUGAAGUGUACAUUUUUAUAACUGCGAACAGCAUUAUAAUUGAAAAAAGACGACAAAGAAAUGAGAAGAAAAAAAACGGUCCUACGAAAGUACACAAAAAUUAAACACAUCCACUUUUUCGCUGAGUAUAUUUAAGAUGAUUUAUUUUGCAAUGCUAUGCCAAUUUAAAGUUUCAUUCUCUUUUUUUUUUUUUGUAAAUUUACAUAUUGAAGCGUAGGUGAGCGAUUGAAUCGCAUUUAAAAAUGGUUGACUUUUCAGGUCAAAGAGCCAUUUUGCGCAUCACACAUGUCAUAUAGCAAGAAAUCAAGACUUGCUAAUGAAAUACAUCGUCACGCACAUGUGACAAUCGUUUGAUUCCAUCCAAAACGAUACUAAAAACAGAUUUGAGUGAAAAUGAAAAAUGCUAUGCGACAAAUAUGAAAAAUCCAUUCAAAUUGCGUUUUCAACGAACAAAUUCUUGCUAAUCUGCAUUCUUAGUUGGAAAUACCAGUGAAUGAUCUUUGCUAUUUUAAUCAACAGUUGACAAUGAGCAAAAAUGAAUAUGCAGUAAUGAGAAAGAUGAAUCAAACACAACAAAAAAAAUGUUGUUUUACUUUAACCAUCGUUCUUGAAUUGAUCAAUCAAUAUAUCUUAGUGCGUGAUUUAAUUUUAAUGUCGACUCUAUUCAAAAAGGUGAAAUAGUACACCAUGUUUUUAUUUAAAUCAUGUGCAUACUAGUCGUAUUAAUAAUUCGAAGAAUGAUGCUUUGUCAAUCGAUUACGAUAUUAUAAAACAACAAACAAGAAAAUGUGUUCGAGAAUUUCGAAGGGAUUUGAUGAGAAAAAAAAAAA